AUGGACACAAAUGGCGCUCCGCUUGCCGCUGAGGAGCCCCCAAGUUUCCCAGAUCACACAGAAUCCGCGUCGGAUUCCGAAAGUGACUUUGGUUCGUUCGGUUCUUUCGACCAAGACGAAAACGAUCAGGAUUCCUUUGCACCCACAACUCCAACGAUAGACUAUUCCGACCCCAAGGAGCGGCAAACCCUCAUAAAACGGUCCCUAGAUGUCAUGUUUGAGCUCCCCGUACCACCGUCAUCACCGAAAAACCUUGCUGAAGAACUUCUUUCGGAUCGUUCAAGCGAACUCUACUCACGACUUUCCGACAUUCCCCACCUUCGGCCACCCAAUUGGACCCGUCUGGUGGUCCGCCACCGUCUCUUGGUCAACCUAGGCAUUCCCGUCAACUUGGACGAAAUCAGCACCGCUCCAGCCAGUCAGGAACUGGCCGGAGAACGCCGCAAGUCGGUGAAUGCCGCCGAAAUCGACUGGAAUGGACUCGACAUUCCCGACUAUAAUGAAUUGCAUCUCGAUGCUGGCACUCGUAGCCACCACAUCGAAACCACCCUGGCGCUCAUAGACAGAGUUGAGGCGGAAAAUAUGGAAAACUCAUCGUUGCAGUAUCUCGAAUCGGCUCUGGUGGAAACUUUGAGAGCCAAACUACAACAAUACCAAACCAACGCCAGCCAGUUGCGCACCAGCGCCAGCGUGUGGCAAAACGAGUUGUCUGUGUUGCAGAACGACUUUGAAAUAUACGAAUCGGUGGUGCAAAACUUGAUCGGACACAGCCAGCGAUUGCGCCGCGACGAACUUCUACAACGCAACAAAAAAUAA